AUGAAACACUUCCUCGCAUCGGCCCAAGCCGUGGCUUGCUUGGGGCUGCUGGUCAAUCUUGGUGCUGCGAGUCCCUCGUUUAACUCGAAACAUAUUCCACCAGUAGUCAUUUUUGGCGACAGCUACACCGAUCAGAGGGUGUAUCAGUAUCGGCCGGGCUCAGAUGGAGAGGUUGCGAAGCCGGCAAAUGUCACCUCAACAGGUGGACGUGUGUGGCCCGAAUAUGUCCAUCAAUACUCGAAAGCAGCCGUCUACGACUACGCAGUGUCUGGAGCCGUCUGUGAUUCUAAUUUUGCAUCCUCGCCUCGGAACGGGGUGAAGCAAGCCCAGAUCUCCGCCUUCCUCGAGGAUCAAGACUAUUUCCGCACUCAUGAUCCUGCAAAGUUUCUUGGACACAAUCCCGACGCGGUGUAUGCAAUCUGGAUCGGGACAAAUGAUAUCGGCAAUGGAGUGUUUUUCACCGAUUCCCAACCCGCCGGCCUGUCCUUGACAAGCUACGUGGACUGUGUCUUUGAGCAACUCGAUCGACUCUAUGCCGUUGGAGCGCGCAAAUUCGUGCUGAUGAAUAUCGCUCCGCUGGAACUCAGUCCACAAUACGCGACACCACAGAAUGGUGGCGUGGAGCGACCCCGAUAUUGGCCAGACAAGACUUCGUACAAUUCCAAUCUGACACAGAUCAGUGAAAAGAUGAGACAGUACAGCACGCUCAUCAACGACAUUUAUAGAUUCCAGAUACCGUUUGAGCUGGAAGUUCAUCGCAGAUACAGGGGAAGUCAUUUCGCUCUGUUCGAUGUGCACUCGUUGUUGUCGGAUAUUUGGCAUCAUCCGUCGGUGUACCUCAAUGGCUCUGCGCCUCUGAACGUGAUAGGGUUUGCUGCCGACACUCCACCAGGGAACUGGGACAGUUUCAUGUGGUACGAUGAGCUACAUCCCUCGGAACAAACAGACCGUGUCAUUGCAAAGCAAUUCGUCGAGGUGUUGGCCGGAAGGAGUGAAUGGACGACAUACUGGUGA